AGGGAAAAACAUACUUCACAUAUUUCAAAUGUCUAUUUCACACCGACCAAAUGUCUAUCGCGCCACGCCCUCGGCGGUUUUGUCCAAGACAUACAUAUCGUCGUUUUUAGGUAUGGCAUGCUUUGGUGCUAGAGAUGGAGUGGUCGAUGUACUGCCGACCAAACGUGUGCGCGUGGUCUAGCCAUGGGGGGUACCCUAAGGGGUACUCGUCUUGCACGACCUUACUCAUGACCAUCCACAUGUGACGCUGGUACAUUCGGAACGGAUCGGUCAUGGUUUCGCUGUGUCGCCACCUUUGGUACCCAAAGUAGUAGCGCUGGUUCAAGCAGUCUUGCCAGAGGGGCACCGACUGGAUCACAGUGUUCGCGACAAACUGCCCCGUCGCCAUGUGCAGCUCAUGGUCGAGCUCGUCGUCGUCGUGGGGGGAGACAGCCCACGACUGGGCGCCGACACUCACGUCUGCGACACCGUACGCCUCGGUCUUGAUGAUCGCGCGCACGAUAGCGUGGACAUCCUGUAGAUGCAGUUCCAUAGCGGCUGUCGUCAGGUUGUUGUCAUCUUGCGAUCGAGUUAAUACCGGGCUAGUCUUACUACCCUUGGGGUCUUGCUCAAAGAGCAAAUCGUUCCAACCAGCUUCACUGAGCCGUAAAAAGUACUGGACCAGUCGCGACGGCGGCGAUCCCACAGUCACUUGGAGGACGGGAUAUCCGUCCAUUUGCACCUGUUGUUCGUGAACCUCGUCAUCCCCGUUGUCGGCUUCGUCGUUGCCCGACGUCCGAGUCACCCUCGCGAUGAAUUGCAAUGCCGCCACCGCGCCCGCUUCCCGGGCCUCCCACCACCCGUCGGCUCGUCCCGCAUCUCCCGCUGUGACGCACACAAACACAACUUUAGCCGUUGGGUCUUCCACCAUCGCCGUCAGGACGUCCUGCAUCAUGAACAGCAGCGAGUCGUCUGGGUGCGCCAAGAUGAAGAAAUGCACCUUGGAUGGUGGUGAUAGUGAUGUUGGUGGUGGUGGUGAUCGCAUCUGUGUACUGUCCACUUGACUUUUUGUCGAAGUGGUGUUGGUGGUAUCAACAACCAUCGAGGGUGGUGAGAUCCACCCGGCGAUGGCUUGGACAUGGCCAGGUGCGUCCUUGGGUCCAUAUAAUACGCACGCAUGGGUAUGAUUGCUGGCAUUCCAACGACUGGCGGCGCACGACGAGCUCGCUCCACACGCAGUGUCACAGGCGUCGACCGAGUCUGCGGCUUUGGUGGCUUGUUCAAACAUAACAAGAACUGACAAUGGAACGACAGCUGCAGACUCGGUCGACGUCGGCGGUAUCCUAGCGGCUGAUGAGUUGGUGGUGGCCAGAGAUGGCGGUGGCGCCCGUCGCAAGCGGAUCGUGGAAGCGUUAGACGGAGACGACUGCAACGGAAUGCACAGUUGAGACGUGGGUAAGUACGUAAAGAACACGAGCGCAAACACGGACGUGAUUUGAGCGCACUCACCGACCGAUUCCACGUGGUGAAACGGGGUGAUGUUGUCGCCGCGCUCGUCCAGCAGCGGCGACUGGAAGAGCGGGUUGCCGUCCGUGAGGUUCACCGUGAACAGCUCCAAGGGGUACGCGGUAGUGGCCCACAUGGCAUGGGCCAUGGUGUGGAACGCGACUGUUGGCAGUGGAUGUGCUCCCACUUGGUGAUCUUGAAUCGGCGACGUGGACGUUGGAGACAAGGACGUUGGCGCGUCUGAAGAUGGAGGCGCGGACGACAUCAAUCGACCAGCCACGGCGCCGUUGUGAGCUGGCACAGUACUCUUUGCGAACGAUUUGAGGUAGCACGUGCCGCCCUGCUUUUUUGUCCAGACGAAUCGGUCACAUGGUGGCAAGGCACGGCAGUCCACCGCGCAUCCGUCGAUAGACGUUUGGGACGUGGAAUGGAGGUCACCACCCACGUAUAACUUGUUGUCUUCCAGAAUCUCCCAGUCGACCGAAGCUACGAUCGUUGCUGCGCACACCAGCGCCAUCACCAUGGCCAGGCACGUCGACAUCAUCAUUGCAUGCGGG